GCAGGCUUGAUUCGUCACAGCUGGCGCCAUGGGCCUCGUCGAAGCUCGAGAAGGAGUUGGUGGCGCUGCGCAAGCAGGUCCAGCAGCUCAAGAUGGAGAAGAACAAGGACCCUGCCCCACCUCAGGCAGCCCCCACUGGCGUGUCUGAUGCGGCCAUGGAGGUUGAUGAAGGCUCGGCAGGGGCCAAGGACACGACGGCGACGGCGUUGCAGCGGAGUGCUAUUCAGAACAAGAUCGGCCACUACGAGCUGUUCGUCAAGUCCCUCGCCCUCUAUGAAGACAAUGAAGCUGAGCAGCUACAGACGGCCAAGAAGCAGCUGGAAGUGCUUCGAGUUCAGCUACGCGAGCUACGUCCGCCGUCCACGGCGCACAAGGUCGCAACGCAGAAGCUCGAGCGCUGCCGUACCCAGCUCGAUCGCUACCGCACCGAGAAGGAGGCUGAGAUUGUCCAGCUCACCAUGGAGGUGCGCACCUGUGCCGAGGGGCUGUCGAAGCAGCGCGGCGAGCCCGUCACGGCGGCGGCGAACCCUGCGUCCGCCUCCGUGCUCUCGCCCGACUUCUUGCAAGUGGAUAUGCCCGAGCUUGAAGGCCAGCCUGACCUCAAGCUCUUCUACCAGCAGUUCACCACUGACCCAAGGUUCAGCUCGCCCCAGCAGAUGCUGGCCAAGCACGUCAAGGUCAGCAUGGUGCCGCAGCAGCCGUCUCUUGUUCAGCCUGCUGGUGGCACUGAUGAUGUUCGUGAGCUGGACGACAAGGCUGAUGUCGUCAAGCGCGGAGCCGAGCCCACACUCGGCAUGGAUGACGUUCGACAGAUGUACGAGGAGUUCAAGAAGGCAGGCACUGUCACAGGCGAAUCUAGGAGCAGCUGGUUGCACGGUUGCAUGAGCUCGUCGAUGACAUGCACAAGGCCAAGCGUGGCCGCCUCGCCCAGCCUGCCACUGCAAGCGUGGGGUGUGCCUCACCACCAGCCCCGCGUGAGCGGGCUGCGGCUGCGACGAGGCGAGCUCCUACGUGCUGAUGCGCCGCUGAGCUCCCAGCAGUCGCACUUGCUCGAGACCUUCAAUGCCAAUGAGGGAAAACCCACUCUGAAGCGACGGCUUGAACGGACGCAGGCGCUGGUGGUGCUAGUUCAGGAGACUGGAUAUCAUGGGCAUGAAGUUGAGGAGCUUCAAUCUUGGGCAGGCGCCCGUGGCUGGCAAGUGGUUGCCGUUGCAGGCAGUCCGACCGAAGGUUACCUGCCUGCCGCUGGCGUGGCGGUCUUCGCUCGCAGCGAGGUCGGGCUGCGCUGGCCUGAUGGCUACAGCUCGUCGACGUUGGUGCCGCAGCGUGCCCAGCACGUCAUUGUUGAUUUACCUGGAUGGGAGCCAAUUCGUAUCUUCAAUAUCUAUUUGCAUACGGCUGAGGGCAUGACGGCGCGCAAUGCGCGUAUCCUGUGCUCUGUAGGCGAAGCCAUGUCUGGCAUUCUCGCCCCGUGCAUCAUCGGCGGCGACUGGAACAUGCCUGCCAGUGAGGUGGAGGACUCCACUUUCCCAGCCCACGCGCAGGUCAGCUUGGUAGUUCCGACGGCUAUCACAUGCCGCACUGCCCGCUCGUGUUCCACGAUAGAUUUCUUUGCGUUGAGUUCUGCAGCGAUGCGCUCGCUUAAGUGUGUUUCAGCAGAUAUGGCGUGGUCAAUCAAGCCUCAUCGACCUGUUCAGUUGCAGCUUGCAGUUGAUGGGCAGUCCCUGCAGUACCUUGCUUACGGCAUGGCGCCUAAGAUCCCUGGCGUGCAGGUUCACGGGCCACACUGCGAAGACUCGUCCUGGGCCACUGAGGCGUCCUAUGCUGAGCAUGCGGUGGAGUUGGCCAAGUGGGUGGAGGUCGGCUAUGAGGCCAAGGAUCCCGAAGGUGUUCAAGCCCGCGCCGAGGGCUGGCGGCGGCUUCACAAUGCUAUCACCUACAUCAUCCAGCUGGGCGAGGGCGCCUCUGAUGGCAGUCUCGGUCCGACCCCUGGCGGCGGCACGGCGCCGUUGCUGGAUGCAGCUUGUCUAAACUCGGCGCCUGAUGUGCACAGACAGCGUGAUGGCUCCUCCGCUAGCCAGCUGGCGCGAGAGAUCGAGUCUUUCCAGGCGCUGGUCUACGUCGGCCAGGGGCUCAACCACAGGCUCGACGCCACCGUGGAGCAAGCCCGCAGGCUCGCCGCCCACGCGCCGCUUCGCAUUGACAACCUGCGCGAGCUGCUGGCCGACAUCGAGGAGGACCUCCAGGCCGUCAACCAG